AUGAAUGCAAAUCUCGCAUUAUGCCCUUCUUCACCUCCUUUCCAACUCGAUGUUCUGGCUGGUGCCCAUCCUUUUACUCUGGACGAAGUAGAGAACGAAUGCCUGCUGGAAUGCCUGCUGGAAUGUGUCGAGAGAGGAGCUCGCAGUCCCGACCCAAGACGCGACACUUUGGGUGAAGAAAGGCUUCGAACAUUUGACGAGCUCGCUAUCUCUGAUAUAUGGGGCAUGAGCCGAGAAGAGAUCGAAAAAGUGAGCUUGCUUUGUUUAGGGUCUCUAUUCACUUCCCCAAGCAUGCCGGACGAUUGGGUAUUCUCCUUUAGCUCAUUUGAUGACCCUGAUGAUGAGGAAUUCGAUCAGAGUCCUAUUUCCUCUGGUAAAGGAUCAGUUGGAACAAACGGUACCGCUGGCCCUCCCAAGGAUGGACCUUCAGGAGGACCUGUUUCCAGGCCACAAAUGACCAAAGAAGAGCGACUAAAAGAUGAACUUGAUAUUUCGACUCGUGCUGACCCUGCUAUCUUUCAAAAGACACCAUGGACUGUCGCCAAAUUAAAUGCACUCUCAAGAGCAAAGACCACCGCUCAGCGUCAUGAUAACACUUUACACCCUAUGCAUAAAUCAGGACAU